AUGUCUGAAUCAAAACAACCCCCGGCCUCAGAUACCUCAUACCGCAAAACAUGGGAUCGCGCAGAAUAUGCCCAAAUUGCCGCCGAUGACGAAAAAAAGCGCAAAGCCGAAGGCAAAGCCCGAUACGAAGCGAAGCUCCUCGGCAAGAAAUACCAUGCCAAGGUUGACUGGAGCUCGAUGGAGGAAACCACUGCCCGCAAAGGACGACUGGAUGUGGCCUCUAUGGUCGGCAAGACGACCCUUGUUCCGGCCGGCUCAUCUAAUUCCAAACGUGGCCGCGGCGCUGGGUUCUACUGCCCGGACUGUGACAUUACCCUCAAGGAUAAUAUCCAGUAUGUGGAACAUUUGAAUAGCAAUCAGCAUAUGGCUGCGACUGGUCAGAGUGGCAAUGUGAAACGGGCAAGUCUCCAAGAUGUACGGAUGCGCCUGCGGAUGCUGGCUCAUAAAAAGCGGAUGAACGAAGAUGAGGAGAGAAAGGCGUGGCAGCUUGAUCUGGGCCUUCGACUGAAAGAACGGGCAGAAAUUGAAGCAAAGACGAGGGAGGAGAGACGACUCAAGCGGCAAGAAAAGCAACGGAAGCGUGCUGCUGAACGAGAGGAUGAUAGCUGGGAAGGACGAUUAGGUAUCAUGUCGGCUAGCAGAGGAUGA